AUUAUGUUUACUUUGAGAAUUCCUCCAGCAACCCAUACCUAAUCAGAAGAAUAGAAGAACUCAACAAGACUGCGAGUGGCAACGUGGAAGCAAAAGUUGUAUGCUUCUAUAGACGACGUGAUAUCUCCAACACGCUAAUAAUGCUUGCCGAUAAGCAUGCUAAAGAAACAGAGGAAGAAGCGGAGAUGACGGUUGAGGCUGACUUGACUGAGAAGCAGAAGCAUCAGUUGAAACAUAGGGAGCUCUUUCUGUCCCGCCAGUACGAAUCUCUUCCUGCAACGCAUAUCAGGGGGAAAUGCAGUGUUGCCCUGCUGAAUGAGACAGAGUCGGUGUUGUCGUACCUUGAUAAAGAGGAUACCUUCUUCUACUCAUUGGUGUAUGACCCUUCAGUGAAAACAUUAUUAGCCGACAAAGGGGAAAUCAGAGUGGGACCAAAGUACCAGGCUGACAUUCCAGACAUGCUACCAGAAGGAGACUCAGAUGAGAGGGAACAAUCAAAAUUGGAAGUUAAAGUUUGGGAUCCCAAUAGUCCACUUACGGAUCGACAGAUUGACCAGUUUUUAGUUGUAGCCCGUGCUGUUGGGACAUUUGCCCGUGCCCUGGAUUGCAGCAGCUCCGUGAGGCAGCCCAGCUUGCAUAUGAGUGCGGCUGCAGCCUCCCGAGACAUCACCUUGUUCCAUGCCAUGGAUACACUGUACAGGCACAGCUAUGACCUGAGCAGUGCCAUCAGCGUCCUCGUGCCACUUGGAGGACCAGUCCUGUGCAGAGAUGAGAUGGAGGAGUGGUCGGCCUCUGAAGCCAGCUUGUUCGAAGAAGCACUGGAGAAGUAUGGCAAAGACUUCAAUGACAUCCGUCAGGACUUUCUCCCGUGGAAGUCCUUGACGAGCAUCAUUGAAUAUUACUACAUGUGGAAAACUACUGACAGAUAUGUGCAGCAGAAACGCCUAAAAGCAGCCGAAGCCGAGAGCAAACUGAAACAAGUAUAUAUCCCAACUUACAGCAAACCAAAUCCCAACCAAAUAUCCACCAGCAAUGGCAAGUCUGGCACUGUGAACGGAGCUGUGGGGACCACGUUCCAGCCCCAGAACACCCUCCUCGGGCGAGCCUGUGAGAGCUGCUAUGCCACACAGUCUCACCAGUGGUAUUCCUGGGGUCCACCUAAUAUGCAGUGUAGACUGUGUGCGACCUGUUGGCUGUACUGGAAAAAGUAUGGAGGUCUGAAAAUGCCCACCCAGUCAGAAGAACAGAAGUCUCCCAGCCCUACUGCAGAGGACCCACGUGUGAGAAGCCACCUGUCCCGGCAGGCCAUGCAGGGCAUGCCGGUCCGGAACACUGGGAGCCCCAAGUCUGCAGUGAAGACCCGUCAAGCUUUCCUCCUUCAUACUACAUAUUUCACAAAAAUUGCUCGUCAGGUCUGCAAAAACACCCUGCGGCUGCGGCAGGCAGCGAGACGGCCAUUUGUUGCUAUUAAUUAUGCUGCCAUUAGGGCAGAAUAUGCAGACAGGCAUGCCGAACUUUCUGGAAGCCCACUGAAAGGCAAAAGCACUAGGAAACCUUUGUCGUGUAUCAUUGGGUAUUUAGAGAUCCAUCCUGCAAAGAAACCUAAUGUAAUUCGAUCUCCACCGAGCCUGCAAACUCCAACCACCAAGCGGAUGCUCACCACUCCGAAUCACACGUCUCUGAGCAUUCUGGGGAAAAGAAACUACAGUCAUCACAAUGGCCUGGAUGAACUUACCUGCUGCGUGUCAGACUGAGCUAUCCCUAUUCCAUCCUGUUCUUCAAGACCUGCUACUAUCCUGCUGGUGGUCACAGCCAUGCCUGGAAAAAAGGUGACCCCUUCAGUGGGAGAGCUCCGUGUACACCCCUUGGAGGCCUCAGGGGGCAGGGAAGAAACUGUAGGAGUGCACAAUUCAUAUCUGCGACUCCAUGUGUGUGCCAGUGGCACCUAGCUUCCUUCCCGGAGACCUUGCUGUCCCAGACUGGACCUAUCUGAGAACCGAGGCAAACACAGAGCCACUAGCCUCCUUGCUUCCUAGUUCCUAGCUCCCAGGAGCAGCUAGCUCAGCCAUGGAGGCUGCUGAGAGCCCGGAGCCCCACUGCCCUGCAUGUGUCCAUCCUACUGUUUCCUGCUGUGAAAUUAUGUACAGGAGGGAUGCGGCAUCUUUCUGAGUGGCGUCCCCUUCAGAAUGUGCCAGUGUUUCUGCGGUUCACGAUAUUUCCCUGCUGUUGUAUUUCUUGGCUUUUUCUCCGUAGGCUGCCUUUCUCUCCUCACCGGGGAAAUUACUGUUUCCUAUCUGCACCCUUACAGGGUUUGUCGUCCCCCCCUCCCCCCGCUCUGUGGGGCCACAGGGUCUGGGGCACGGACGCUUCCUGACCUUGGCCAGCCUGCAAGUGACUCUCAGCAUCUGCUUUGUCGCUGGAGAGGAACUGGGGUUGGACUGGUUUCCCUUCGGUCGGAGAGCUCUGCAGAGAGCAGGUGUCAAUCACGCCGAGCGUGCACAUCACUGUGACAAGCUGUUGGCUUACUGCCCCCUUCCCUUAUAGCUAACCCAGCUGACAGAGCCCUAUAGCCGGAGUGGAGGGGUCCUUUAGUGGGUCACAAAUCCCCCCAUUUUAUUUUAAGUAGACUCCGCUGGGCCUGAGGGUGGGGUAAAGGAUGGAAAUCCUAUUUGUAGAUAUGAAUCUAUGUAGAUGACUUUGUGAUCCCUUACUCCUCCAGCAUUUUCGUGAGCAUAUGCACAGGGGCCCCUGGAGACCUGCCUAUUUUACUGCCCUGGCUACAAGCCCUCAGUGACAUCCUAGAUGGCUCCUCUGCCAGCCUCCACACUUAGCUGCAGUCACCAAAGUAAGUCCCUGAGCAGAGGACGUGGCCACCUCUCCAUUAGCAGGGACAGGCUGUGGAGCACAGGGUCCCAGCACUGUGACAGACAACUCCAGUCUGACCUUGCAGCCCCCUUGGGGCCUGGGUCUUGAAGCAACUUGGUGGCUGAUAGGAGAUACUCCAAGGAGCUGGCUGCAGAACAGAGUGGCCGCAACUGGAGUUGACCUCCCCACACCCGCCGAGAAGAAUAAGUUAUCACAAAAAUGAUGGUGAAAUCUGGAAGUCUGUGUUCCAUGCAGCAGAGAGAGGGGUGUGCGGUUGAGGACAACGUCAGAGUUCCAGCUGCCUUGUCCCUUGUUCUCUCCCAGUACUCUCUCUGGGGAAGAAUUGCUUUUCUGCUUUUUUGUUUGUUUGUUUGUUUUUUAAGGCAAGGUUUCUCUGUAACUUUUGAGCCUGUCUUGGAACUCGCUUUGCAGAUCAGGCUGGCCUCGAACUCACGGAGAUCCGCCUGUCUCUGCCUCCCGAGGGCUGGGAUGAAAGGUGUGUAUGCUGCCACUGCCCGGCUAGGAAUUACUUUUUGUCAUAGGCCUCUACACAGCUAUGGCAAAUUGCCACCACUGCUGGGCCAUGGCUUGGGGCCCUGCAGGUGGGGCCUGGGUCAGUGGUGCUCCAGGAAACAUGUGCAAGGGGCUGGUGUUUCCCUAAAGAGUUCCCACUGGCAAAGACCCAAGAGAUGGAGCAACUGGCCACUGGGGUAUUCCCUCCCUAAAGAAAAGGAAGAGAGAACGCAAUUGUCUGUCUCUGGGCCCACCUGGGUUUAUGUGGCCUACAGACACAGGGAGAAAUGCUUGCCUCCCUGCUCAUCUUCCUUUUUACCCUGUCACAUCAUGGGUGACUGCUCACCAUGCGAACGCUCAUCCUGAUGACUGAGGUCUCAUUCUCUCUACCAAGUCCAAGAGGUCAGGAGAAAGUCCUCCACAGGGCUGGUAGAGGCACAGGACGCCUGUCCUAGCCUUGGUCACAGUUAGCUUUGGGAAAAGCACAGCUCAUUUUGAGCACCAUGGAUCCAGAAUGUUCCUUCUCUCCUUGUAUGUGAGAGCUGGCUCUUGCAGCCCCACCCUCCCUACAUAACUAAGUGUACUUGCUCCUCCUCGUAACUGGGAAGACACAGGAUGCUGAAGGAAUGCUCCAGGGGAUAUAGAACAGGUUCCAAGGGACUUGGUCUUUUGUCUUUGCCUUUCUAAGCACUUGGUGCUGAGAAGGUUUCCCAUCACGACCUUUCUGGGCCCAUAGUGUUACCAUCGUGUGUGCCAAUGGCAUGUCCCCGUUGCUCCGUGGGCAGAUGAGUAGAUGAAUUGAGGCUAUAUCUUCACAGGCAUUUAGUAGUGCUAGGCCCCCGGGGAGGGUACAUGAAACUACAAGGCUUCCCUUCUGUCCCCAGACAUUAGCACCGCUCUAACAGACUAAGGGUGUGCAAAAGCAGGGGACCAAAGGAAGUUGCUGGAAGCUCCCACAGUGCUACUUUGUCUGUGGCCCAAUGUCUGUCUCUCAGGGCUCAGCCAGGAAAGCAAAACAUGUUUUUCGGGUUCGUACAGAAGCAAGAUCAGUAGCGGGGAGGGGAAGUACAGUGAAGAGGCCAGGACCACUGGGAAGGAGCCAAAGCCAUGAGGAGUCAGAGAGGGAAGAAGGAACUUGGCCUCUUUUCCCUGCCCUGUAGAUUUCUGUGGGUGCCUCCCACUAGCUGGCUCCAGCCAGAAGCCAACUAUCCUGGGAACAUGCAGGCUCAGUCCCCAGCAUGCGGCAGAGGAGAGCAGGGGAGGGCUGGUGAGCAUCCCUGCGGCAGGUGCAUGCCAUGAGCUGUGUCUGCAGAGCCUGGCGGUACUGAGACCUUGGGGAAGGAGGCAGAGGAGUGGCCUGCUUGGGUUUUCAUCCUGCUGGGGAGGAAAGAACUUUACUGGGAAGAAGAGAAAGCCUCUCCUCACAGCCGUCCCUGCUUUCCUGUGGAGUAACUUGCCCACCCAAGCACCCUGCCUGUGCUUCCUUCUGGAAAGCCACGUCCUGGUUUCCGUGUGCCCCGCCUGCCUGUUCCUCUCCUCUGAGUCUCUGGUUCCCCCUGCCAUGAGCACUAACCAGAGCAGGCCUCAGUGCUCGGGAAAACUCCCACGCCAAGCCAGUGUGGCCUGUCUGUCUGUAGGAGAGGCCGUCUAUCUGUUAGUUUGUAUUGUGUUUCCAAUAAACUUCUGAAAAUCCUG